GAUAUGUUUGAGGAAGCUUUAAUACCACCAGAGAACUUCAAUAUGGUCUGUGAGCACGUUUAUCGAUCUUCGUUUCCUAAAAAGAAACAUUAUAGGUUUCUAGAGAAACUAAAAUUGAAGAGUGUUUUAACAUUGAUUCUCGAAGAAUAUCCGGAGCAAAAUAUGAAGUUCUUGAAAGAACAUAAUAUUCAAUUCCUACAGUUUGGUAUAGCUGGUAACAAGGAGCCAUUUGUUCAAAUUCCUGAAGAUAAAAUAAGUGCAGCGUUAGCCGCAUUACUAGAUAAACGAAAUCAUCCUAUACUGAUCCACUGUAACAAAGGAAAGCAUCGCACCGGUUGCUUAGUAGGCUGUUUAAGAAAGCUGCAAAAUUGGAGCCAUACAUCUAUAUUUGAUGAAUAUAGACGAUUUUCGCAUCCCAAAUCUAGGUCCAUGGAUCAACAGUUUAUAGAAUUAUAUGACGCAAAACAGGUUUGGCCUUUGGUGGACAAACGCUAUUUACCAGAUUGG